AAAUCCGAAAACUAAAAAAUCGACGUCAAACAAACAUGUCAGUCACACACAUAAUGGCGGUGGUUGUGUUAUUUUUUAUGAAUGGUCCAUUCCGGUAAUGUGUUCUCAUCUUCUACAAACUGUAAGUUGUGCAGCAGGCCAGUUGGUCGGUUUCGCUAAUAAAUCAGAUCACACGAAGAACACUUAAUUGAAGUGAGAUUGGUGUCUGUGGGAAGUAUGGAGGUUGAGUAGGUCGCGUUGGCGGUGUUAUUGAAUUAGCGCGUGCAGCAGUGGUGCCGGCGCCGCGAUGGGCGCGCAGCAGGCCAAGGAGCGCGGCACCGCCAGCGGCGCGUCCAUGCGCUCGGCGCGCAGCAAGCCGCGCGUGCCCAAGGACCCCCGCAUGCUCGGCUCCAACAUAUUCACCGAACACAGCGAAGCGCUGCUGCAGAGCCGGCCGCUGCCGCACAUCCCCGACCUGCCGGACGGCGAGCCGGCGCCCGGCACGCCGCAGCCGCUCGACACCGCCAACAGGUGGACGUCCAAGGAGAACCUGCUGGCGCACCACGAGGAGGACGACCCGCAGCUGUUCGUGGCGCUGUACGACUUCCAGGCGGGCGGCGAGAACCAGCUCAGCCUCAAGAAAGGCGAGCAGGUGCGCAUCAAGAGCUACAACAAGAGCGGCGAGUGGUGCGAGGCGCACACGCUGGCGGGCGGCGUGGGCUGGGUGCCCUCCAACUACGUCACGCCCGUCAACUCGCUCGAGAAGCACUCCUGGUACCACGGGCCCAUCUCGCGCAACGCCGCCGAGUACCUGCUCUCCUCCGGCAUCAACGGCAGCUUCCUCGUGCGCGAGUCGGAGUCGAGCCCGGGCCAGCGCAGCAUCUCGCUGCGCUACGAGGGCCGCGUCUACCACUACCGCAUCAAUGAGGACUCCGACGGCAAGGUGUACGUGACGUCGGAGUCGAAGUUCGGCACGCUGGCGGAGCUGGUGCACCACCACUCGGUGGCGGGCGACGGCCUCAUCACGCAGCUGCUGUACCCCGCGCCCAAGCGCAGCAAGCCCAGCGUGUUCCCGCUGGCGCCGCCCGACCACUGGGAGAUCGACCGCACCGACAUCGUCAUGAAGCACAAGCUGGGCGGCGGCCAGUACGGCGACGUCUACGAGGCCGCCUGGAAGCGCGGCAACAUCACCGUGGCGGUCAAGACGCUGAAGGACGACACGAUGGCGCUGAAGGACUUCCUGGAGGAGGCGGCCAUCAUGAAGGAGAUGCGCCACCCCAACCUGGUGCAGCUGCUGGGCGUGUGCACGCGCGAGCCGCCCUUCUACAUCAUCACGGAGUUCAUGUCGCGCGGCAACCUGCUGGACUACCUGCGCACCGGCAGCCGCGACUGCGUGCCGGGCGCCGUCGUGCUCAUGUACAUGGCCACGCAGAUCGCGUCCGGCAUGAGCUACCUCGAGAGCCGCUCCUUUAUACACAGGGACCUGGCGGCGCGCAACUGCCUGGUGGGCGAGAACCACCUGGUGAAGGUGGCGGACUUCGGGCUGGCGCGGCUCAUGCGCGACGACACGUACACGGCGCACGCCGGCGCCAAGUUCCCCAUCAAGUGGACGGCGCCCGAGGGGCUCGCCUACAACACCUUCAGCACCAAGUCCGACGUGUGGGCCUUCGGCAUCCUGCUGUGGGAGAUCGCCACCUACGGCAUGUCGCCCUACCCCGGCGUCGACCUGGCCGACGUCUACCACAUGCUCGAGAAGGGCUACCGCAUGGAGUGCCCGCCCGGCUGCCCCGCCGCCGUGUACGAGCUCAUGCGCGGCUGCUGGCAGUGGAGCCCCGGCGACCGGCCCAGCUUCCGCGACAUCCACCACGCGCUCGAGCACAUGUUCCAGGACAACUCCAUCACCGAGGAGGUGGAGAAGCAGCUGCAGGAGGGCGCGUGUCCGGCCGGCACGCCGCAGAUGUCGCUGAAGAAGGCGGGCGCCGCCGCCGCCGUGCAGAUGCGCCGCCCCACCAACCGGCGCGGCAAGCAGGCGCCCACGCCGCCCAAGCGGACCAGCCUGCUGUCCUCGUGCAGCUCCUUCCGCGAGUCGCAGUACGCCGCCGACGAGCCCGCGCCCGACGACGCGCUCGCCUCGCUCAACGUGUGCGUGUGUCAGGCGGCGCGCGCGCGCGGAGAGGGCUCGCUGGCGGCGAGCGCCCUGCGCAGCAAGCGCCGAGCCCGCGCCCCCGCCGCCUCGCCGCCCGACGCGCCGCCCGUGCACGUGGCCGCGCUCGAGGUGCAGAACGUCAAGCGCGCCAUCAACCGCUACGGCACGCUGCCCAAGGGCGCGCGCAUCGGCGCCUACCUCGAGUCCAUGCGCGUGUCGGGCGCGGCGCGGGACGAGGCGCGCUCGCUGUCCCCGCGCACGGCGCGCGCCAUGCCGCACAUGAUCCGCUCCAACUCGUCCGGCGGCGUGACGGCCCCGGCGCCGGCGUCGCCGCGAGCCGCCCGCGCCGCGCCGCGCCGCCGACAGCCCGCCAAGCCGCGCCCGCGCCUCGCCGACCUGGAGUUCCCGCCGCCGCCGCCCGACCUGCCGCCGCCGCCCGAGGACGCGCAGCCGCCGCCGCCGCCGCCGCCGCCCGACCCGCCCGCCGACCGCGACCACCUCGCCAAGAAGAACAUGAAGGAGAUGCUCGAGCUCAAGCUGGUGGCCGAGAUCAAGGAGCGCGCCGACAAGAAGCACCGCCUCAAGGAGUCGCCGCCCGCCGACGAGCCGGUGGACGCCAGCGCCGGCUUCGGCGACCCCGUCACGCGCCUCGUGUGCGAGCUGUCCGAGAGCCUCAACCUGGAGCCGCGCCGCAAGCCCGACCCGCCCGCCAACCACACCAUGUCGCCCAUCGACCUCAAAGCUAGUCUCAGGAAAACUCCCUACAACAACAACCUCGAACAGAAACCGGCCGACACCAAAAAUAAUACCGACUUUAAAUCACAGCUCAAGAAGGUCGAGACAAAUAAGAAGACUCCACUCGCGCCCAAGGACGCGGAGGAGCCAGGUCGCGCCAUCAUAGACUUCAAGUCGCGCUUGCGGAAAGUGGAGAGCGCGGCGGCCGCCACCAACGGCACGGGCAAGAAGUCGGAGCGGUCGCCGGAGGAGGCGCGCGACGAGGCGGGCUCGCUGGACACGAGCGGCGGCGACGACGACGACAAGCGCCGCAGCACCGGCAGCAUCAGCAGUCUCAAGAAGCUCUGGGAGAGCAAGGAGACGGACGAGCGCCUCAGCCCCAAGGCCCGCGCCGCUCCCGACGCGGCUGACGCCUCGCCCGAAGAGCGCGCGGCGGCGGGCGUGACGCGCGCGGGCUCGCGGCGCCGCGAGGACAAGCCGGCCGUGCCCAGCAAGCCGGCGGUGAAGGGCAAGCCGGGCAAGCAGGGCAUCUACGCGACGCCGCUGGCGGGCGGCGAGGACGGCGACGCGGAGCUGCUGGCGGCGCUGCGCGGCACGCUGGAGUGGUGCACGGCGGAGGUGCGGCGCGGCGGCGGGCGCGGCUCGCUGUGGCGCCUGCAGUCGUCGGAGCGGCUGGCGCGGCUGGGCGGCGCGUGCGGCGGCGCGGCGGCGCGCGGCUCGGCCGCGCUGCGCGUCCGCCUGCGCGCGGCCGCCACGCGGCUCGAGGCGGAGGCGCGAGCGCUGGCCUCGCCCGCGCCGCACCACCACCACCUCGCCGACGGCGUCGAGCGCGCGCUCAAGGACCUCGCCGACAUCGUGCACAGAUAAUCUUAAAGCGACUGCAGCACAGCCCAGUAUUGCACCGCGAGCGCCGACUCCGCAGUAUGUAACCGAUCUCGAGCGACGGCGCCCGAGCAACGCCCGCGCGGCGCCUGAGAACGCCCGCCCGAGCGACGCCCGAG